GGAACGAAUCAACCCAAACUGAAAAUUAAACGACUCAUUAGAGAGAGAAAGAGAGCUCUGGUCAUUCUUUAAGGUUUUCAACUCAUCUUCUCAAAAAGGGGAGAGAGAUUUGACCUAGACAAAAUUCAAGAGAAGACGCGACGAAUCAUCUUAUAAUAGCUACAAACCAAGGUAUAAUCGUCUCUCCCCAUUCAGUAAAAAAAAAACUCAGAUCUCGAGAUCCGUCACCAAACGCUCGAUUCUCUGAAUAAUCUCAUCCAAGAUAUCUUCUUGCAGCUUGUUAGAAUCGCCCAAUCAGUUUCAGUCUCCAAGAACAUAGCGUAUUGAAUACAAACAACAGAGUGUACAGUAGAGAAAACAGAGAAAGGAAGACAGCAGUUUUUUUCAAUUUUAGUUUGAUAUGAAGAUAUCGAAAGGAUCGCGAUUAACAAUGAAAGACAUGCAGCUAUUACCCACGACUCGUUAUCGCGGUCAUAUAAAGAAACCGAGAUGGAUAAUUCUGUUGAUAUCAAUGUUCAUUGUGUUAUUUGUUUGUGCCUAUGUAUAUCCAUCUCAUAAUUCUUCAGCCUGUUAUGUAUUCUCAUCUAAAGGCUGCAAAGGGUUUUCUAGUUGGCUUCCUCCUUCUGUAAGAGAAUACAGUGAUGAAGAACUUGCUUCCCAUGUUGUUAUAAAGGAUAUACUAAGAACUCCUCCACUUCAAUUGAAGAACCCUAAAAUUGCUUUUAUGUUCUUGACUCCUGGUCUUUUACCAUUUGAGAAGCUUUGGGAUAAAUUCUUUCAGGGUCAUGAGGGGAGAUUUUCGGUCUAUAUUCAUGCUUCGAAGGAGAAAACAUUACAUUUUAGCCGUUAUUUCAUCAAUAGGGAGAUCCGAAGUGAAAAGGUAGAUUGGGGGACAAUUUCUAUGGUGAAUGCAGAAAAACGGCUGUUAGCAAAUGCACUUAAAGAUCGCGAUAACCAACAUUUUGUUUUGUUGUCUGAAAGCUGUGUGCCUUUGCAUGAUUUUGAUUAUGUCUUUCGAUAUCUGAUGCACACGAAUGUCAGUUUUGUCGACAGCUUUGAGGAUCCUGGUGUUCAUGGGAGUGGUAGGUAUUCUGAACACAUGUUGCCUGAAGUCGAGAAAAAGGAUUUUCGAAAGGGUGCUCAGUGGUUCACGUUGAAGCGACAGCAUGCAAUUGUUGUAAUGGCUGACAGUUUAUACUACACGAAAUUCAAGGAGUACUGCCGGCCGGGAAUGAAUGGGCGGAACUGCUAUUCCGACGAGCAUUACCUACCCACGUUUUUUAGCAUGCUUGAUCCAACUGGCAUUGCAAACUGGUCAGUAACAAAUGUUGAUUGGUCUGAAGGAAAAUGGCAUCCAAAAUCAUACAGUGCACUUGAUAUUAGUGAUGAUCUUCUUCAGAAUUUAACUUCUAUUGAUGUAAGUGUGCAUGUUACAAGUGAAGAAAGGAAACAAACACAGCGGGUACCUUGUAUGUGGAACGGAAUUCAGAGACCGUGUUACCUGUUUGCGAGGAAAUUUUUACCAGAUGCUCUCGAUAACUUGUUGACUAUUUUCUCCAAUUACACAUUACAAUACUGAGUUUUGUGAUAUCUUUGGACUUUCGAUUCUUUCAUCUGCUCCUCGGCUAGCUAGCAUAAAUGCAACUUCGUGUUCUUUAUUCGUGUAACUCAUUUUGAUGUUGUAAAGCGUUUUCCUUUUAAAUGAGAAGAGGAUCUGACAAUGCCCACAAACACGACUCCUUUCUUUGUCGAAUAUCGUUUGUGUUUGAGCCAGGAGGGGACAAUAUAAUAUACUGGAUUUUUUUGUUAGUUGAA